AUGAAACAGAAUACAUUUUUGGCCUUGUCGACUGAAGUGAGCGAGCCUUUCAUCAUACCUAACGUAUCACCAAUCUCAUCGCCCAAACUCGAGGGCAAGAGCCGUGCUGAUAGCAUAAGCGGAACAGUUGCUAGCGACCAGCGUUCUCAACCCUUGGUUGCUCAUGGCAAUGGGGGGGUUGUUGACGGAGACGAGUUAUUGUCAAGUAGGAAAUCGUCUGCUAUUGAUUUGAGUUAG